UUUCACUAUUUAUCCCAUGGAAAGCCCUGGGUCUGUCUCCUCAUUCUUCCAAAUCAACCACUAAGCUAAAACUCAACUAACUUGCUUGCACAUGCAGUGGCGGAGCCAUUGUUCCUUGGAUUUUCCUUUCUUCUUCUUAUUCUUCUUUCUCAUCAUCACUAUUUCCACUUCACUCCAAUCUAGUCGCCAUGUGGGGGGAGGUUUGAGGUGUCUUCGAAUUUUCUCUGAUUUGUCCUUCCUAAUUCUCCACCUUGUCAUUUUACUCGGUUGAAUUUAUGGGGUUCUUUCCCCUUUUUCAAGAUCUUCAAUUUUUAUUUCCAUUUUCUCACCCUCUUUACACAUAUUUCUUCACUGAAUCGAGGGUUUUCGCUGAAGUCCGAUUAGCUUAUGCUCGUUGUUGAAAUCAUCGAUCUUUCGUAAUACGCAUGAUGAAACGCCCCUUUCCAUCUGUUUCAAUGUCCAAGAAGAGAUGGCCGUUGAUGAUCUUAGCAUUGGUUUCAAUUUCCACGGCAAUGGUUUUCUUCAUGAGGACUACGUUUGAUUCUUGUAGUGGUAAUGAGAAUAGACGUUUUGUGGAAGAAAAGGGUAUCGGCUCAAAGAUUCUCUCUUCCCAAAUGGAGAGAAAAGCUCCGAAUCCUCUUGAUUUCAUGAAGUCCAAGCUCGUUCUCUUGGUUUCCCACGAGCUCUCUCUUUCUGGUGGGCCUCUACUACUCAUGGAGCUUGCAUUUUUGUUGAGAGGCGUUGGUACUCAAGUUGUUUGGAUUACUAAUCAAAAGCCACCGGAGCCUGAUGAAGUAGUAUACAGUUUGGAGCGCAAGAUGUUAGAUCGAGGAGUGCAGGUUUUAUCUGCUAAGGAACAAGAAGCUGUGGAGACUGCUCUGAAAGCUCAUUUAGUUGUUCUAAAUACUGCUGUUGCUGGGAAAUGGUUGGAUGCUGUCCUUAAGGAGAAUGUUCCCCGAGUCCUUCCCAAGGUUCUGUGGUGGAUUCAUGAGAUGCGAGGGAAUUAUUUCAAAGUUGAGUAUGUGAAGCACCUCCCAUUUGUUGCAGGCGCCAUGAUUGAUUCACAUACAACUGCAGAAUACUGGAAAAACAGAACAUGGGAUCGAUUGGGGAUUCAAAUGCCUGAGACUUAUGUCGUGCAUCUUGGCAAUAGUAAAGACCUCAUGGAAGUAGCUGAAAAUAAUGUGGCCAAGAGGGUUCUUCGAGAGCAUAUUCGUGAAUCCCUUGGAGUUCGGAAUGAAGAUAUAUUGUUUGCAAUUAUAAAUAGUGUUUCUCGUGGGAAAGGUCAGGAUUUAUUUCUCAGAGCCUUUCACCAGAGCCUGCAAAUGAUCCAAGAUAAAAAGCUGCGGGUACCAAGGAUUCAUGCAGUGGUAGUUGGCAGUGACAUGAGUGCUCAUACAAAGUUCGAAACAGAACUCCGCAACUUUGUAAAUGAAAAUAAAAUUCAGGAUCGCGUUCAUUUUGUCAACAAAACCCUGUCUGUGGCUCCUUAUCUUGCUUCCAUUGAUGUUCUUGUUCAAAACUCUCAGGGUAGGGGAGAAUGCUUUGGAAGGAUAACGAUUGAAGCCAUGGCGUUUCAACUACCCGUGCUGGGCACGGCUGCUGGAGGAACAAUGGAGAUCGUAGUGAACGGGACGACAGGUUUGCUACAUCCUGCAGGGAAAGAAGGCAUAACUCCACUAGCACACAACAUUGUAAAGUUAGCAACGCACGUCGAGCGAAGGCUGACCUUCGGUAAGAAAGGAUAUGAGAGGGUGAGGCAAAUGUUUCUUGAACAGCACAUGGCGCAAAGAAUUGCUGUUGUUUUGAAGGAAGUUCUGGAAAAAGCAAAGAGCCACUCCUAGUCAUUAGAAUGAUCAACAGCCUAUUGCCUCAAUGCUCGAGAGAAUAUAGACGAAUUGAAUGUUAUAGGAGGAGAAUUGUAUGCAUUUUCAAAACUUUCUUCCCCAUAUUUUCCAUAUUUGGUAUAGUUUGUAGCAGGAAAUUAUGUCAGUACAGGUGGGUGACGAUUAGUUGUUUUCGAGUUCUUAUCUCGUUGUGCAAAGCAAACUUUGAAAGAAAUCUUACCUUUACAAAUAUGUUCGAACAUAGUUAAGUGGAUAAUCAA